AAAGGCUGCCAAUGGAGAGACUCAGAGUGGACACGCUACCUCAGCACUCCAAAUCAGAUUCUCUCUCCUUCUCCACAGUUUACCAUCAACGCUUUUCUCUUCAGUCAGCCAUGGGAGUUGCAUACAGCGUUGGAGAGGUUGACCACCUCUACACCUUCUUUGUGCAGUGGUCACCAGAAAUCUACACAAAGGGCAACAAGAAGCACCGCUUCCUCAUCAGAGAGAAACUUCAGAAGCGCUAUGUGGUAGUGGAGAAAAACAAGGUGGCUGUGAUCAACAAGCUCCUCACUAACCCUGCCAGCCAUACUGCUAAAAACUGGGAGAUCAUCACAGUGAAGGACUCCAAGCGCCGCCUGAGUCUGUGUAGCUCAGAGGACUCUGAGGCAGAGGAGCCCGAGAAUGAAGUUGACGAUAGUCUCCCUGUUCUGGGUGACGAUAGCCAGCUGCUGGAUGACUACCACCUAAAGAGACUUGCUGCUCACAUGCCAGCAAGGACCCAGGGCUAUCCAUGGCAACUAGUCUACAGCACAGCCAUCCAUGGGAGCAGCCUGAAGACUCUCUACAGGAAUAUGGCUGGUCUGGACAGCCCUGUGCUGCUAGUCAUUAAAGACAUGCACAAAAAGGUGUUUGGGGCUUUUUCUUCUGAUCCAUUCAAAGUCAGUAAAUACUGCUACGGCACAGGAGAAACCUUCCUGUUCAGCUUCAACCCUGAGUUCCAGGCAUACAAGUGGAGUGGUGAAAACUCCUACUUUGUGAGCGGCAACCUGGAAUCUCUGCAAAUUGGUGGAGGAGGGGGUGGAUUUGCCCUGUGGCUGGAUGCUGAUCUUUACCAUGGUUCAAGCUUUUCCUGUCCCACCUUCCACAAUGCAUCCCUGUCCACGCAGGAAGACUUCAUUGUACAAGACCUCGAAGUCUGGACUGUGCAAAACUGAGAGAGAACAACUGAUAAGAUGAGACAAAAAAAGCAGAACCCACUGUCCUGUCUUGAGUUACAAAACUUCUAGACUUCAGGGAGUACAUGUGGUUUAGCCACUACUGUACAAAACCUAAUCGAGCAGUUGCUAUCAUCUGUGCACCUGGCUCCGAUUAGCCCAUAUACAGUAUGAAGUCUGUUCUAGAGGUUCUUGGUCUGGACUUUCUGUUUUUGCUGGCUUAAUCUGUGCCUGUUAAAGACAAGUGGCCGGAUGAAAUACUGUGGUUCAGGGACCUGAUGCUUUAAAGUGCCGGCUAUUCAUGUGUAGCCCCAUGCAAAGUCCAGUAAGUAACUGGCAUCUGAAGCUUUAAGCUCUCCAUGCCCUCAUAUGGUGGUGGAGAGCAUUAUAAUACAAAGUUCACACUGUUGGACACAAACUCAACUCUAAGCACAUUCAGGAUGUAAGGAAAAUGUUCCAAGUGUGUUUGUGAAAUUUUAUAACGCGUGUUUACAGUAUGUAUGUGUGAAAGUGUGCAUAUGUUCUAUUUUCAUAGAAACCGAAUAUGGAAACAUACUUCGCCAAAUAGAUAUUUAAGACAAAAUUAGAAUUAAUUUAUGAUGGAAACACUGUAACAUGAUAGGACCCAUAACGGCCUACAUGAACUCUAAUUGUACUUCCGAGUUUUUUCUUACAUUGUUUUAAUGUUCUCCAUUUGCACAGUUAAUGCAGUUGAAGACCAACCCAUUCAGGUUUAAAAAAUAAAUACUUGUUGCACUAUAAAGAAUUUACUAUGUGU